UUUUAUUUUGUACAUUAUUUUUUCUAGAUGAUUUCAACAUUUUUCUGGUAUUAUUUCUAUUUUAUUUUGUCCCUCUUCACGUCUGGAAUGUUGCUGGUAAUUUUGGGCAAGGAUUGGGCCGUAUGUUCAAAUCUUUAUUUAAAAGUCGUUACAUGGAUACAGGACAGAGUUUUAGAGCUUUAUGGAAUUAAUCAAUUGAAAUCAACAAAAAAUAGUGAUACUGAAGAAUCUGACAAUCUAGACGACGUUUUUGAUAAAAAUUUGUUUGACACUGCUGACAGUACGAGCAAUGAUAGUGAUUUGGAAAUAAUUCAACCUUUGGAAUUGGCCAAAAACAUUAAUAAUAAAGAAAAACAACAAACAUUUUUGCCUCUAAAAUUGUCUUUAAAUCUUUGUGGAAAUGGAAUGCAGUCAAUUGCUAGUGAAGAUAUUGGUAUCAAUUUUACCCUUUCUCCGGACUAUCGUCAUUAUGAAUUGGUUCCUAUACAGAAAAGUCUCAAGUUGAGGUUGAAGUUACGUCGUCGUAGACGUUCAUCGCUUACUGGCAGGCUUUUACCUCAUCCACAAAAGAACAUGGGAAGAUCAGCUUCUGCAGAGGGAAUUUCAACUGAAAAGCGAAAGAAACCUAAACGACAACCUGAAUUUAGGCCUCGUUUUUUGCUCUUUGCUUCUUUUGUCUUUCGUUUUGGUGCUCUUUUUCCGACAAGACUUGCCCUAUUAAUUUGUUCCUUUAUUUUUUUAUUUGUUUGUUGUAUUGUCAAUUUAUUCUGGCCUUUUUCACCUCUUACAAGAACUUAUCUUGCUGUUAUUUAUUGUCGAAUGUAUACUCUUGGUUGUGGUUUUAUUAUCAGAUUUCAUGGAACAGACAAUCGACCAACUAGGCCAGGUUUUUUAUUUUAA